AUCGCAAAAAGUUAAUUUUGCGAUUUGUUUCUGGUUGGGGUUAUUUAAUUUUUCCUCUUUUAAAAUCUAUCUGCAACCCAAAAAAACUUGUCCUUUUGAAUCUGGGAAACAGAGUUUUGGUGUGUUAUCAUCACAUUAGCUGCUUUGGUUUGGUGUGUUUAUUCAAUGGCGAUGGCAGCAGCUGUGAUUGUGCCUCUGGGCAUUCUCUUCUUCAUUUCUGGUCUCGUUGUCAAUCUCCUUCAGGCGAUUUGUUAUGUUCUUAUUCGACCUCUGUCUAAGAACACGUACAGAAAAAUCAACCGGGUGGUUGCUGAAACCUUGUGGCUUGAGCUUGUCUGGAUUGUUGACUGGUGGGCUGGUGUAAAGAUCCAAGUAUUUGCGGAUAAUGAGACCUUCAAUAGAAUGGGCAAAGAACAUGCUCUUGUCGUUUGUAAUCACCGAAGUGAUAUUGAUUGGCUUGUGGGAUGGAUUCUGGCUCAGAGGUCAGGUUGCCUGGGAAGCGCAUUGGCUGUUAUGAAGAAGUCUUCCAAAUUUCUUCCAGUCAUAGGCUGGUCAAUGUGGUUCUCGGAGUAUCUGUUUCUGGAAAGAAAUUGGGCAAAGGAUGAAAGCACUCUAAAGUCAGGUCUUCAACGCUUGAACGACUUCCCUAGACCUUUCUGGUUAGCACUUUUUGUGGAGGGGACUCGAUUUACAGAGGCUAAACUUAAAGCAGCACAAGAGUACGCAGCCUCCUCUGAGCUGCCUGUCCCUCGAAAUGUGUUGAUUCCUCGCACCAAAGGUUUUGUGUCAGCUGUUAGUAAUAUGCGUUCAUUUGUCCCAGCCAUUUAUGAUAUGACCGUGGCUAUUCCAAAAACAUCUCCACCCCCAACGAUGCUAAGACUAUUCAAAGGACAACCUUCUGUGGUGCAUGUUCACAUCAAGUGUCACUCGAUGAAAGACUUACCUGAAUCAGAUGACGCAAUUGCACAGUGGUGCAGAGAUCAGUUUGUUGCUAAGGAUGCACUAUUAGACAAACACAUAGCUGCAGACACUUUCCCUGGUCAGCAAGAACAGAACAUUGGCCGUCCCAUAAAGUCUCUUGCAGUGGUUCUAUCAUGGUCAUGUCUACUGAUUCUCGGAGCAAUGAAGUUCUUACACUGGUCAAACCUCUUUUCUUCAUGGAAAGGCAUUGCGUUUUCGGCGCUUGGUCUAGGAAUCAUCACUCUCUGUAUGCAGAUCCUGAUCCGCUCCUCUCAGUCUGAGCGUUCUACCCCAGCCAAAGUCGUUCCAGCCAAGCCAAAAGACAAUCAUAACGACUCAGGAUCAUCCUCCCAAACAGAAGUGGAGAAGCAGAAGUAAAAGAAAGGAUCGAAAAGAUCAAAACACAGUCAAGAAGCGUAUCAGUUUUGUUAUAAGAAACAAAAGCAAAAACAAAAACAAAAACAAAACUCUCCCAAGUGAAAUCCCUUAAUUAUUAUCAGCUCCAUCUUGUUUAGCUACUACUAUUGCUAUUUACUCGGCCUACUCUCUUGUGAUUUUUCUUCUUCUUAAGUGCAUAGGCAGUGUAUAACUUUAUAUUAUUAGAAUUGGAAGUUGGGAUUGUUCUUAAAGACUUUCA